AUGAAGCACUUAAAACCCCUUAACCGGUGGCCACAACGGCCCACCCUAUACCUCCAGACCCUCUCCGAACUACCUGUUACAUUCAGUCACAAAAGAGACCCCGAGCAGAAGAUCAUGAUGAUACCCCUGGAAGGUGCAUCCUUAGUCCCGCACGAUCAGAAACGUGCCAAUCCGGCGCAGACGGCGAAAUCCCACGCCACAAACUGCCUUCUGAUCCGUCUAAAACAGCACCCGACAAGGAGUUCCUCGCACGCUAAAACAACAAUACAGACUGGACGGAGACACUAUUCAUCAUUCACUUUCAGUCAGCCCUGCACAUAUGGAUGUCAGUCAGAUUGUGGACCCGACGGGCGGCGACUGAUCUACAAGGAGGUUUCUCGCGUGAUUUCUUUUAUAGGAAUUGACCAAAUUGUGAGCCGAGACAUUUCAAGUCUUACUUUGAUCAGCUCGCUUGCAAAAUAUCCGCGCGACAACUGGUGA